AUGGAGUUCGUCACGGCCCUCCGGGGCACCUUUGACGACCAGAAGCCCUCGCUCUUCGAGGUGCUGUCGGAGCAGCAGCUCAACCACCUGCUGCCGCUGACGCUGCGCUACCUCCUCACCGUCGCCACGCAGCGCCACCCGCGCUACCUGCUGCGCGCGCUCAACUCGUUUGACGAGCUGCACGCGCUGCUCAUGCUGCUCGUCGAGCGCCACUACCUGCGCUCCCGCGGCGGCUCCUUCACCGAGCACUUUUACGGCCUCAAGCGCGAAAAGGCCCUCCGCGCCGAGGUGCCCCGCGCCAGCAUGGCCGCGCCGCACCUCGUCCGCGACACCCUCCGCCUCACCACCCGCGACGUCUGGAUGAACCUUGCCGUCCUCGUCGGCGUCCCCUACCUCAAGCGCAAGCUCGACGAGGCCCACGAGGUCAACGCGCCCCGCGCCCUGCUCGGCGCUGCCUACACCCGCAUGCCCGACAACCCGACCCUGCGUGACCGCUUCAUCCACUACUACCGAUGGUUUCUCACCAACAUAUACCCCUCCGUCAACGCAGGCUACUACUUUGCCAUGCUGGCGUUCAACCUCGCCUACCUGUUUGACCGCACAAAGUUCCACAGCCCGCUCAUGUGGCUCAUCGGCACCCGCCUCCGCCGCAUGACGGCCGCCGACUACCAGGCCAUUGACGCCCUGUCGGCCAAGUCGACGGCCGACAACCGACCGGGACAGUCGCUCUUCUCGCCUCGCAACUUGGGCACCAAGGUGCUCUCGAGCCUGUCGAUUGCCCUGCCCAUGAGCAUUUUCGCGCUCAAGUUUCUCGAGUGGUGGUACCAAUCCGACUUUGCCAAGCAGCUGACGCGCAAGGCGACCGAGAACAUUGAGCUGCCCCCUCCCAUCAUUUCCGGCCUCCUGGGCAAGCACCUGAAGAAAUCCAGCUCGACGGCAUCAGACGAAAAGCACGCUGCCGGCGCGGACAAUGAGGCCACUGACUCGCCGGAGACGGAAAUUGCUGCCAAAGACGCCCCCGUCGCCAAACCCUCCCGGCUGCCCAUAUUUGUCGUCUCAUUCCCUGAAGACUCGGCGUGCUGCCCCAUUUGCCUCGAGGAUAUCGUGACCCCGACCGCCUGCCAGACCGGGGUGGUCUACUGUUAUACUUGUAUUCACAGGUGGAUCGAAGGGAUGCAUCCCAAGCAGGAGACGUUUAUGGAGACCAAGGCCGGCAAAUGGGAAAGUGGUCAGGGCCGCUGCGCCGUUACCGGGAGACGCGUCCUGGGCGGCACGGAGGGUCUGCGACGCAUCAUGGUCUAA